AUGAGCAAACUACUUUAUACGUUUGUUGAAACAGCUUUAACUAAUGCGUUAAUAAUAUUUCGUGAACAAUCCCAAAAACUAGUCUAUGCGUCAUUGGGUUCCCAGAAAGAUGUUUUACUUAAGAUCGCUGAACAAGAUUUUGAAACACUUUCCAAGAUAACAAAAGUGAAAUAUCUCUUAGAUGAAUGCACAGAAGGUGAAAAAGAAUGGAUAUGGUUGGAACCUUUGAGAGAAGAAUAUACUGAUUUCAUGGAAAAUCUUGGAAGUUAUGAAUUUGAUAAACUUGAGAUUGAAUACUUAUUUGGAACUACUUUACAAAGACAGAUAUGGGAUGAGAUGCGAAAGAUAAAACCUGGCAUGACGAUAAGUUACGGUGAAAUUGCCAAGAAGAUAAAUAAACCAAAAGCUUCGAGAGCUGUAGGGAGAGGUUGUGGGUUUAAUAAAAUUGCUCUUAUUGUUCCUUGUCAUCGAGUAAUCGGUAGUUCUGGUAAACUUACUGGAUAUCGAUGGUCUAUUGUACUUAAAAAGAGAUUGUUAGCUAAAGAAGCUAAUUAUAGAUCUCUAUGA